AUGGAGAAGGUGGAAUCAGCAUUGGACGUGCUAUCACGCGCUGCAACAAUGGUGCAGCCGAGCCCUGCGUACCCAGCUAGCGAUUCAGACAGCUUCGAGACUCCCAGCACUGCAUCAAGCGGUGAGUCUGAAGGCGAUCGCACCCUAUCUCCGGAAACACCGCGAGCGCAGCCGAAAGAGCUGACUGGCAAAUGGCGCAGAGAAAGACGGUCUACUCGUUUACCUGAUUACCGGCCUAGGGAGAACGGUAAGAUGGCGCUGCGGUCGCAAUCAUUCAAUGAACGGCGCAGCGUGGCGUCAGUGGCGCGCGCGCAACCUCACAGCGAAGGGGAACUUUCUGAUGAAGCGGAUGAUGCGCCAGCAAAUUUAGCUAUAAAUGGAAAACGGGCGCCGCCCGAAUAUCCAGGCGCUAAGAAUGAGGCCCCUAUAGAUAUGCGACUACGCUCACGGCCUGCACCACCACCAUACACAAGGCCUUCAGUCAUUACUAAGAGUGACACGCCACCUGGUUCCAUGUCGAUGUGCGAUCCCGUGAUCGACGAACAUUUCCGACGCUCACUGGGCGAUGAUUAUAUGAACUUAUUCAAGAAAAAUAAUCCCGAAGUAACACAACCGUUACCAAAACCCAACAUGAAAGACCGUGCGAGCAGCCCUAUUCAGUUCAAGACUGAAGAAGUACCAAAACCAGCUAAAAUCAUCGCUAUGGAAGUUGACGAUGCCAGUAUGUCAGUAGAUGAUCACUUUGCGAAAGCUCUUGGUGAUACCUGGAGGCAAAUACAAACUUCGAGGUUAAAAGACAGCGAAAAAGUACAGACGAGCAAGGGUGGCGUCGACGACCACUUCAGUAAAGCCCUGGGCGACACGUGGAAACAGAUACAGACAUCCAAACUUAACUUAGACUCAGAUAACGAGAAGCCUAAAGAUCAAACGACGAAAAUUAUUUCAAGAAGCGGAGUGGUAAUAUAA